AUGUCCACUCAAGAACAAGCUCGUCAAGAUGGAGAUACAUAUGGUCUGCAGAGAAAUACUCCAUCUUCCAUAAGACUUAAUGCACAACACUACAUCUGGAAAGAUGCCGUUGGAGGCAAUCUUCAUUCACGCAUUGCUGUCAAUAAUGCCUCGACAACCCGUGUUGCUGAUAUUGGCACCGGUACCGGCAUAUGGAUGCAUGACAUGAAGCGGGAGUAUCCUGCUAUUCAGAUCGACGGCUUCGACAUAUCUCUCGAGCAAGCACCACAUCCAGCAUGGCUACCUCCUGAUAUCCGCCUACAUAAGCUCGACGUCACAAAGGCGAUUCCAGAUGAGUUUUGCGAACAAUUUGACAUCAUUCAUCUCCGCUUGUUUCUUGCUGUCGUGCAGGACAAUGACGCAUCUCCAAUAAUCAGGAAUCUGAUAUCGAUGUUGAAGCCGGGAGGAUGGCUUCAGUGGGCGGAGCAUCCAUUUCAAGACCUCGGAGAUGUGAGAGUCGAGGCGCCGUCUCCUGAUGUAUCGAGCACAGCCAUGCAAGCCUACUUGGAUCUUGCCCAAGCUGGCUCAGACAAAAAAUGGGCUUGGGUCCCUAAACUACCGAGAACAUUUAGUAGCCUUGGACUGAUUGACGUCGAGUCCUCGAGUCCGCCAUCAAAGCCGUAUACGUGGUUGUAUUCGACGCAACUCAUCAUGGGUGCUGUCCUCGAGAUUUCCUACCAGAUAUUGGACAACAGUACUCCAGAAUCGAAGGGUCCUGUCAUGAGACGUAUUAUCGAAGCGGCAUGCGGGGAUAUGAGAAAUGGCGUGUACUUGACAUAUUCGCCGUUGGUGGUCAUCGGUAGAAAGAGAUUAUAG